AUGGAGCGAUGGGUAUUGGAUUCGAAGCGAGACAGUGGGUUAAUGGAUACCCAGAAUUGUACGAGCUUGGGCAAUCAACUAAUAAGUGAUUCCGAGGACUUACAAGGUAAAGAGCAGUGUGAUGAUUCUCAUUGUGAGCCUACUGAUGAUUUGCAUGUAGAGAAUGAAAUUGAAAACAAUGAAGAGGCAAUUGAAGAGGUCAUACUUGGAAAAGAGUUUAUAGAUGUUGAGAGUGCAUAUAAGUUCUAUAAGAAUUAUGGUGGCAAACAUGGAUUCAAUACAAGUCAUAAUCAUGCAUUGAUUAGUACUCCAAUGAAGCAUUUGCUUAAGGUCAAUAGAAGUAUAUCUGAGGCACAAAAAGCACAUGCAGAUGAUGCUGAACAUUCUGGUUUCUCCAUCAAAGCAGCUGUGCAGUUGAUGAGUAGAGAAGUAGGAGGGCCAGAGAACCUUGGAUUUUCACAGAAGGAUUACAUGAAUUACAUACAUAGAAAGCGAAUGUCUAAAAUGGAAAAGGGAGAUGCAGGUGCUAUAUUGCAGUACUUUCAAAAGAUGCAAUCUGAGAAUUCGUCAUAUUUUUAUUCAAUCCAACUUGAUGAGGAUGACAUGAUCACAAACAUAUUUUGGGCUGAUGCUCGAUCGGUAAGUGAUUGUAGUCUGUUUGGAGAUGUGCUUUGUUUUGAUACGACAUACAGGACAAAUGAAUAUGGUCGACCCUUUGCACCGUUUGUUGGGGUUAAUUAUCAUAAGCAAACAACAUUGUUUGGUGCAGCUUUGUUAUAUGAUGAAACAACCGAAUCUUUUAUCUGGUUAUUUGAGACAUUCCUCUCUGCUAUGUCUGGUAAGCAACCAAUGACCAUUCUUACUGAUCAGUCUGUUGCCAUGGCUAGAGCAAUAAAAGAAGUUUUUCCACAAGCUACUCAUCGCUUAUGUGUGUGGCAUUUUUAUCAAAAUGCUGCUAAGAAUCUCAGUCAUGUCUUUCAUGGAUCUUCAGAAUUUGUUGAUGAUUUUAGCAAUUGCAUGUAUGACUAUGAGUUUGAGCAUGAGUGGCUAUUAGCAUGGAAUGGACUUCUUGAGAAAUAUGGCCUCAACGAAAACAAGUGGUUGAAUAAUUUAUUUGAAUUGCGGGAAAAAUGGGCACUAGUGUAUGGGAGACAUACUUUCACUGCCGAUAUGAAAAGCACACAGCGAAGUGAAUGCAUGAAUAAUGUGCUUAAGAAAUAUUUGAAGCCAGAGCAUAAUCUUUUGCGGUUUUUCGAACAUUAUGAAAGAGUUUUGGCUGAUCGAAGAUAUCAAGAGUUGAUUGCUGAAUAUAAGAUGAUACAAACAACUCUUUUCUUAGCAGUAAGUGCACAUAUGCUGCAACAUGGAGCAGAGGUCUAUACUCCAGAGGUUUUCUUGCUGUUUCAGAAAGAAUUUGUGAGAAUUCAUAAUUAUAGUACUGACAAGGUUGGUAAGUCUGGGAUGACAUCAGAGUAUAUAGUAUCAUAUAGUUCUGAACAUAAUGAGCACUUGGUCAAAUAUGAAGCUUCAACACAAAAUGUUAAUUGUAGUUGUAAAAAGUUUACGUUUGUUGGGAUUUUGUGUGUUCAUGCACUAAAAGUGCUUGACAAGAAGAAUGUGAAGAACAUUCCACCGCAAUACAUUUUAAAGCGAUGGACAAGAGAAGCAAAAAUUAUGAGUAUUACUAGUUAUCAUCCUACUGAGAUUCACGGUAAUCCUAAGGAGUCGAUUGGCAGACGGUAUGGCUACUUGUGCCGCACUUCUCGUGAUAUUUUAACCGUUGCAGCAGAUGAUGAAGAGUUAACGAGAUAUGCACAUGAAUGUUUGGUUGAGAUGCUCAAAGGCUUAGAGUUAAUAAAGAAAAAUCGCAUUGAGAAAGAGGGGAGAAGUUCUAGUGAUAGCAGCGAAGUGAAUACUACUUUUGGUCAAAGUGAAGAGGUUGAGGGAAUAGUUCAAUCUAAUGCUUGUGAAACAACAAUUGUUCAUGGAGUUAAAAGAAAAGCUACAAUUGGCCGUCCACGUACCAGAUUCAAAGACCCGGCCGAAAAAAAAGAGAGUAAAGUACCAAAGAAAAGCACAAAAGCUCCCACAAGAAGGAAAAUUCCCAUGCAGGAAUUUGAAAGCAUUUUGGUCAGUUUAGAAACACACCAAAAUAGUGAACAUGAUGUUCAACUAUCUGGUGUUUUGACUCAAGAUGGGAGAUUGGAACUAGGGACCUCGGAUGGAGGGUGA